GACGGAGGAGGGAGUCCACACAGCUAACUCUCUGCUGUACCGUAACUAGCUAAAUCUGCCACUAACUGCCUGCUAACGUUAUGUGGUCCGGGCAGCUUGCUCCCUGACACCGAGCAGGACACGACAAACGGCGGAUAUUUCCAGGUUUCUGACAGAGAGGUGGACACCAACCGCGGCAUUUUUUACUCCCGGGCUCUGCUAAAGAUUUGUGACACCUUCCAGGAACAACAACAACAGCUGGCUAACGAGCGGUUAGCAUUAGCAUCCGACGGCUGCCCAGCUGCCCGGAAGCAGGCCGCCGCAGCACCGGGUGGGGAUUUAACUUUCUCUGGCCACAGCGUCUGGACCGAAGCAACAUAAAGUCUGCUAGCCAAUGAUAAACUGAUAUUUAUGUUAUCUUGGUAAGAAUGGAGUCCUCUUUGGGGAUAUGCGACGAGGAAUGCUUGGCAACUGUAAGAGGUCAGGAGCUGAGGUCUGGCCAGAAGGAGCCCAGACUACUGUCACUAAUUGAGCGCAGUGGAGAGUUUGUAUUGGGUGUUUUGGCCACCCCUGAUGCUGUUGUGUCUCGUCCAGUGGCUCAGUUGUCCAUACCCAUCAACGAUCAUUUUGAAAUUGUGCGAGAAGCUGAAGAAGCUCUUCUUAUUGAUUUCUCAGUAGAUUCCUGUGUUAGGAUACGAAUCAAAGGAGAAAAAGCCCCCGAGCUGUUGUUGGAACUCCAGGAUGAUGAUCGGACUCAGACUUUCUUUGCCCAGGUGAAAAGUGCGCAGCAACAAGUUGAAUCCAAACCCACCCAACCCAAAGCAAUGGAGCCCCUUGCACCAUCAGCCCAGAGAGGUCCAGUCCCCAUCCCACCACAAAGAGCAACCAAGACAGCGAACGCCGGAGUCAGCCUACCCAAAUCUACCAGUGCACUGCCUCCUAACCUCAACAACAGCACUUCAAGAAAUCAGAAUAAUGCAGAUCCAGUUCAAUCACUCGCUUCAGACUUCGGCUUUGAGGACAACUUCAACCACGCUCUCAAAGUGGAAGAAAAGAAGAACCACCAGAAUCGUCUGGUUGCCUCUCGGGAGCCUCCACCAGUUCCUCCUCUACCUCCUCGCAAAGCCUCCUUCACUCCAUCCAAUCCUCUGCCUCCUGCACCAGUCCCUAAAGACAGACCUGUCCCCUUACAGGCCAAAGACAACUCCUUAAUCAGUAGCUCCAAGCCAGAUAGUUUUAGGUCAGGGUUUGACCGCGUGGACAGGCCAACGUCUUGGUGUGACAGCCCCACAACCAACAGCAUGAGACAGGCCAUGUUUUCCAGCCAGGCAGGACAAAGAGAAUACCUCAUCAAACACCGCUUGGGGAAGAAGGAGAAUGAGUAUGUGGACAUCCGGCCCUUCAAGUUUUUCACAGGUACAUGGAACGUAAACGGCCAGUCUCCAGACAGCAGCCUUGAAUCAUGGCUCUGCUGUGACUCUGAACCUCCUGAUAUUUAUGCUCUUGGUUUUCAAGAACUGGACCUGAGCACUGAAGCUUUCUUCUACAUGGACUCAUCGAAGGAGCAGCUGUGGGUAGAAGCUGUGGAGAGGAGCUUGCAUUCAAAGGCCAAAUACAAGAAGGUUCGGAUCAUACGACUAGUUGGGAUGAUGCUCGUCGUCUUUGUCAAAAAGAUACACAAGAAUCACAUAAAAGAAGUGGCUGCGGAGCAUGUGGGGACGGGCAUCAUGGGAAAAAUGGGAAACAAAGGAGGUGUAGCGGUGAGGUUUGUUUUUCACAACACAAGCUUCUGCAUUGUCAACUCCCAUCUAGCAGCACAUGUGGAAGACUUUGAGCGCCGCAAUCAGGACUAUAAGGACAUAUGUGCCCGCAUGACCUUCCACUUACUGGAGCACCCACCUCUCAGUAUCGUCAAGCACGAUGUAGUAAUCUGGCUCGGAGACUUAAACUAUCGUCUGUUUAUGUAUGAUGCUUCUGAAGUGAAACAACUUAUUGCUCAGAAUGAGCUCAAGAAGCUCCAGGAGGUUGAUCAGCUGAAUAUUCAGAGGCAGACAAAGCGAGCCUUCACAGACUUCAUGGAAGGAGACAUUAACUUCAUUCCCACGUACAAGUAUGACCCCAAAACAGAUCGAUGGGACUCAAGUGGGAAGUGCCGUGUCCCUGCUUGGUGUGACAGAAUCCUGUGGAGGGGCAACAAUGUCCAGCAGCUAAAAUACCGAAGUCACAUGGAGCUGAAAACUAGUGACCACAAGCCUGUCAGCUCCCUCUUCGAUAUAGGGGUGAAGGUGGUAGAUGAGCAGCGCCACAAAAAGGUGUUUGAGGAGAUUGUUCGUGCAAUGGAUAGAAUGGAGAACGACUUCCUUCCAUCUGUAUCUCUGAGCAGGAGAGAGUUUGCAUUUGAGAAUGUAAAAUUCCGGCAGCUUCAAAAGGAACGCUUCCUAAUAACAAAUGACGGGCAGGUACCCUGUCACUUUGCCUUCAUCCCCAAACUCAAUGACUCGCAGUAUUGCAAGCCUUGGCUGCGUGCCGAGCCAAGUGAUGGAUUCUUAGAGCCCAAUGAGACCCUGGAGAUCUAUCUGGAGGUGUAUGUCAGUAAAGACUCUGUCACGCUGCUGAACUCUGGAGAAGACUCCAUAGAAGACAUUCUGGUGCUCCAUCUGGACCGUGGCAAGGACUACUUCAUUACCAUCUCUGGCAAAUACCUGCCCAGCUGCUUUGGCACCUCACUGGAGACUCUGUGCCGCAUGAAGAAGCCCAUCAGAGAGAUUCCCAUCACCAAACUCAUUGACCUGGGAGAGGACAGCUACAUGGAAAAGGAAAAGUCAAAGGUGAGCUUCCUGAUGGUGGAUGGGGCAAGUACCGAGGACAAACCUCUGAAGAUCCCCAAGGAAGUCUGGAUUCUGGUCAACCACCUCUUUACCAAGUCCUGUGAUCAGGAGGACUUGUUCCAGACACCAGGCCUACAAGAGGAGCUGCAGAGCAUCAUCGACUGUCUGGACACCAGCAUCCCAGACUCCAUCCCUGGUUGUAACCACUCUGUAGCGGAGGCUCUGUUGAUCUUCUUGGAGGCCUUACCAGAGCCUGUGGUGUGUUAUGAACUCUACCAGCGGUGCUUGGACUCCACCCAUGAUAGCCGCCUCUGCAAACAGCUGAUCUCCCAGCUGCCCCGGGCUCAUCGCAACGUGUUCCGCUACUUAAUGGCCUUUCUGAAAGAACUUCUCAAGCACUCACACAAUAACAAUCUAACAGCCAACCUCAUAGCUACCCUAUUUGCCAGCCUUCUUAUUCGACCACCUCCCAACUUGGUGGGAAGGCAGACAUCGCACGACCGACAGAAAGCCAUCGACUUCGUCCUGGGUUUCCUCAUGGCAGGAGACGAGGACUAACUGAGGUCAAUAGUUCCUUAUGGCGCCACCUGAGUUCCCAACCUAGUUUCUUGGUUGCAAAGGACCUGGACCUGUAUGACACUGCGUAACAUGAUCCUCUUGGUACUUUGUCAUCCAUUGGAGACCAGUGCAGCUCUUCUGCACCCUACCUUUUACAAACUCUCAUAUGAGGUACCCAAGACUUCCAUUCAGACUUUGAUGAUUUUAAGCAAGUGUCAUAUCUUCAGUCCAUACACAUUGCGACAACUUGCUAGAUGUGGAAGCACUUGGGUGAGGUUUGAACUGAUGCCUAUGCACUUUCUGAUGACAUGAUGGACCUGUGCCUCCGGAUUAGAGUUGUCCUCGUUCUUAGCUGACACUUGUUGGUGCUCAUGCCAAAAUAACCCCCAAAAAGUGAGUGGUGUGGAUGUGAAAACACUAGGUAUUCAUAGAUGCUAAUGAAAGGCUCACUUACACUAAAGGAAAAUUACUUUCUGUUUUAAAGACUUGGACUGAAUAGGUAUAAGUUCAAAGAAAUAAAUAGUUUGAAAUGGGAUAAUUAUGGAAACGUAUCACUAAGAAUGUUUAAGCUUAAGGUAAACCACGACAAUCUUUCAUUUUGCAGCAUUUUAGCUGAUCAGACAAUAUCAAGAUAGAAUUAUUUGGUAACAUCAUUGUAUUUUAACUGUUAUUUAUACUUUUUUUUUUCUUCUAAGUUUGCAUCAUCUGAACAGUUCUUAGUUUCUGCUGCAGAGUGGUUUAUCUUCAGGUCUGCAUUGGUUUUAAAAUGUUUCAUUGGAAGUAUUCAUCACUAGUUUUUAUCACACUGCUAUAGAAAACUCUUUAUUGUGAAUGUUUGCUGUGGUUUUGUGUAACUUCAGCCGUGAGCCUUACCUCUGGUUUGUCAGUUCCUCUUGAGUUACAAAACAAGUCUGUUAACACACUAACUUCCUGGUCUACCGGAAUCGAGUGGAGACUCACCCUCUGUGGUUCUUGAUGUCUUAAAUGGUGUAAAUAGUGAUUGUUUUCCUGUUUCAUGGGUGUGUGAGUGUAUGGUGGUGCGAAUCCGUGAUAGUGUCAUUAAUUUGUCAAGUUUGUCAUGAAGGUGAUAAUGUCUGUGUUUAUUUACAUGUCUCUUUUUUUCCACUUCUGCCACAUCUUAAAGCUCAUUAUUCAUUGUUUUAGGCCUGUGUGAUGCCAAGACACAGCCAUUGUUUUCCUCAUGGUAAAUCCAGUUGAGUAAUGCUUUUAUUUUAAGUGAUGCAGCAUUUUCUGCGUGCAAGUUUAGCAAGAUUUAAUGGCUCAUUACUCUGCGGGAUACAGCCUGUCUUUGUGCUCCUUUCUCUUUUGUGCCACAGAGGAUUUUUUUUUUUCUGUAGUUACUGUUGCAAAACAUGUCUUGGUUAUUGAAAUAAGGAACUUCUGUGCUGUGUUUAAUGAAUAUUUCCUCUUUAACAGUUUCACCCAACAGAUGUCAGCAUUACCUGUCACAUUUCUAUUCAUUUUCUAUUAGUAUCUCAUGUAACGUAGUCAUGCCAGGAAAAAGCCCAGAGGUUUUACUUCUCAGAUGCUUCAGGAGCUCAGAAGAUUUUAAAUUGGGAGAUGUAAACGCGCGAUGUAACGUGAAAAUGCUGACAAUCAUGGCACUUCUAUAAAUGUCUGUUGGGCUGAAGUUGAUCCUUUUUUUCUGUAAUUUCUUCUGCCUUUUUACCAUCACUACACUAUGUUCUUCUGUUGGCCUUUAUCAAGCUGAGCUUUGCCAAAAAGUAGCUUGAGCCUGAAGGGAUAAUUCCUGGUGAUUCAGAUUUGGGAGAACCAUUUACCAACAGACAUUCACUUUCUUUAGAAAUACUGCCUUCAUCAUGUCGUGUUCAACAGAAAAAUCAAUGUAAUCAAAAUCCGCUGAUUUUUAGUGUUGUCUUAUGCCACUGUACCGACUGAUGUAAUGGUUGGAUUCAUUGUGAUUUUGUCUUCAGUUUUGUCAUAAAAUUAAGGUACAUUUAAAGGUACACAAGGAAACACAUGUUUUCAACUUCAGAUUUUUGGUACUUUUAAUUUAUUUAAAAGAAAUAAAACUAUGUAUAAAGCUGG